AUGGAAUUCUUCGCUGAAGCUGGCGUGCCCGCCGUGGCUGUGGCUUCUGCUAUCUCGGUCGCUGCAGGUGCCUAUUUGAACGCCAAGCUCUCGAUUUCGACAGAUCUGUCUACUAUUUUCAAUGAUAGGGCCUUUGGUAAGCGCUUGGCCGAGCGCAUUGGCCAGCUCGGCGAGUCGGCGACAAUCUACAAAUUGCUUGAGCAGGUUGUGGAGGUCGAAGGACAGGGAGCUACGGAUGCGGUCUGGUUUGAACAGAAGACCUGGUCUUAUACUCAAUUGAAAGAAUUGGCCGACCGAUUUGCAGCUCUGCUGCACAGCCGAGGAGUAAAGUCUGGCGACAUGGUCGGCGUUUACACGACCAACUCACCAGAAAUGGUGAUCGUGCUCUACGCGCUCUCGAAACUGGGUGCGGUGGCCGCUAUGAUCAACACCAAUUUGCGGGAUGACACCUUUGUUCACUGUCUUGAUGUCUCCGGCUCAAAAUCAAUCAUCUCUACCCCUGAUGUGUGUCAACAUGUUUGCGCCGACCUGCCCCACUCGACAUUUAAUCUUUCUUCAUUCGAUGGCACUGAAACGGGUGCGACGGACCUUAUCACCUUCGAUACCCUUCAACAAUUCUCUCCGAACUACCGGAAAACCAAAAGCAUGCGCCGUACGAAAUAUGUUGGCUUUGAUCACUUCCACACCGCUGUCAUCAGACGUGAACAACAAGUCGAAAUAUUACCCCAUGCGAACAUAUUCAUCUCUUCCCUCUUCCACGGCACAGCAUUCUUCACUGGAUGCUGCUACUCCGUCGGAAAUGCAGGAACCCUCUGCCUGCGACGCAAAUUCUCAGCCUCGCAAUUCUGGAAAGAUGUCCAUGACUCGCGAGCAACCCGCAUUCUAUACAUCGGUGAAUUGUGCCGGUACCUCGUGGCCACUCCCCCUUCUCCCUACGACCGCAACCACAACUGCAUCGUCGCAUCGGGUAACGGUCUGCGAGGCGAGAUCUGGGAACGGUUCCGUCAACGAUUCAACGUACCAGAGGUGCGCGAGUUCUAUCGCUCUACAGAAGGUUUGGCUAAAUUCGAUAAUCAUGGAGUGGGCGCUUGGGGCGUUGGCAAGGUGGGAUUCUCCGGUCCGAUCCGCCGGCUUCUGGAGGACGAUACAUUCAUUGUCAAAUAUGAUACUGAGACUGAGAUGCCUUACCGUGAUCCGAAGACGGGAUUCUGCAUUCGUGCUAGCUUGGGCGAGGAAGGUGAAGCCAUUGGUCGGGUUCGCGACCGGGGCCUACUGACGGAGUACCUGCACAAUGAAGAGGCUACUGAGUCAAAAUUACUUCGUGACGUUUUCGAAAAAGGAGACGUUUUCCAGCGGACGGGCGAUCUUGUGCUUCAGGAUCAUUCUGGAUGGAUUGGUUUCCGUGAUCGCGUUGGCGACACUUUCCGCUGGAAGGGCGAAAAUGUUAGCGCUGGGGAGAUUCGUGAUCAUAUUUGCCGGAUUGAGGGUGUUCAUGAUGCUGUAGUGUACGGUGUGAAGCUUUCUAGCUAUGAUGGGCAAGCUGGUGCAGCUGGCAUUACUCUAGAAGAGCAUUCUCCAGCAGCCGAACUCCGCCUGAUGUCAAAUCUAUACAAGGAGCUGAAGAAGAGAGGUGUUCCCUCUUAUGCUCUCCCGCGUCUGGUUCGAAUCACUGAAAAGGUUGCCACCGGAGUCACCUUCAAGCAAGCAAAGGGUGACUUGGUGAAGAAAAGCUGGGAUCCCCGGAAGGGUGGAGAGGGUGACUCGAUGUACUGGUUGGAUGGUACGACGUACCAGAGGUUAGAUGACCAGGGGUGGACACAGAUUGAGACCGGGGCAGCCAAGCUGUGA